UAGAUCUUGGUUUGGGUCGUGCCACUGGGGGUUUAGAGUCUCUUGACGGACCUACCUCGCCUAAACCAGGCGGUCGACGACCGAAGGUGCCGUAUUCUCCCUCUCUCAAUCCCUCUUCUAUCUGUGACCGCAGUCCUUCCGACCACGCAUGGAGCAACUCCUGUCGAAGGCAGUCGACUUGUCCACCAAAAAGCGGCCCCACCGUCGUCGUUCAUUGCUUGCAUUCGCAAGCAAUGGGCGGGUAACAUCAUCUCCGGCAUCUCUGGGCGCCUUCCAGAACAACCGACUCUCACAAGGGACGUCGACAAACCAGCAAAAGCGACUCCAACGAGCGCCCAGCUUUGGGGGGUUCAAAUGGACUCCGCCGCUCUCGCCCGGGAACGACAAAGAGAACGCCGAGCUUAAGCCCACAACACCGGAGCAAGCCAUAGUUCUACUCCGAACCAGAGGGUUGCCACCUCUGGCGGACCUCAAGUCGAUCCGACAAAUGGCGGGAGCGGCGUCGCGCACGUGGAUUCGGGACUUUCUGAUCCGAGGCGGCCGGGGGUGCGUCAACGAGAAGGUUCGAGAGAUGGCGCAAUUGGAGAUGGAGGCAAGAAAGCAUCGACCCAAACUGGCCCUGCUGCCCAAAGUGUUCGGCAGCGGCAAAGGCGACCUCCCACCUAGACCAACGCCGAGGGAGGUAUCGGAGGUCAGAGAGGAGUUGAUGCAACUCGUGCUGUUCCUGCACCUCCGGGAGUGA